AUGGCUCAUGUAAAGGUUUCUAGUUCCCAUGAACGAAAGAAAAAGUCAACACCUGAAGCUGAUGGUUCUCCUAGUCAUAAAUUUACAGGUAUGGGUCCAUUAACAAAAAGACAUUUUAUAAAUGUUCAAGAAAGAAUGGUCAAUUUUCUCGCUCAACAAGAAGCAUGGGAAUAUGGUGAUAUAGAUCAACAACCACAUGUUUCUUUUCCUUCUCGUCCUCCUCUUCCUCCUUUUGCUCGAUCUCCACGUCCACAUCAUCAUCAUCAUCAUCAUCAUCAUCAUGUUGGCCCAGUGUUUGUUGAUGGAGAGAAAGCAUUAAGAUCGGAACCAAGGGUUUCAAGACCAGAAUCAAAAAAUUCAACACCAGCUUCAUCACGAAAACAUUCUAGGCAUAAUGGAUCGUCUAGAAAACAAUCAUCUAAUCGAUGA